AUGAGAAAGACUUCUUCUGCGGCUGAGGAUAACCUGUAUGACACCCUCCUGCCGAGAUCCAUUACAUCUGCAUCUAAUCUGUCUUCUUCUGUCAGCAGCAGCAACAACAGCAGCAGCAUCACAAAGAGAGAGAUCAUCACAGUAGAGAGCAGCAAAGGAGGAGAAACCCCAACUCUCUCAUCUCCAUCCUCCAAAAGCAAAACCACCAGCUACAGCUCAUACACUGAUGAUCUUCCCUCCACCCGCACCACCUCCUACACCAUUAGCACCAAGCCCAGUGAUGACUACAGCGACCGUCAAAGCUACUCUUACUCCAGACCAGACUCCAGUUAUGAGUACAGCAGUAUCACCAGUCCCACUGUCUACACCUCACAAUCAUACAGGAGCAACAGCAGGUCAGAUGACAUGGUAGAUUCAAUCUACCGUGAAUCCUCGAUGAAGAGUGUGUAUGCAGCUCCUAAGAGGGCGGUGCUUGAAAAAGACCUGUGCAGUUACUGCCGAAAACCCUUCUCUGGUGAUGCAAAAAUGGUUCUGGAUGACAUGAAGAUCAACUGCCACGCUUCCUGCUUUAAAUGCGAGGUGUGUAACAGCAAUCUCGGUAAUAUGAAAGCUGGGGACAGCAUGUGGAUCUACAAACGCAUGGUGCACUGUGAGAACUGCUUUGAGGUCACCAGAGAAAAAUGGCGACGCUGAGUUUCUCAUAAGCCUUCACUGGAGAUCCACGUUAUUACAGAUAAAAUGGAGAUUGCUGUUUAUCAAUAUGUUUUGGGUAACAUGGGUUCUCCUGUACUUAUAUUUUUACAAGCUGACAAAGCUUUAUCUAGGUGUUUUGACAAAUGACAGAUUAUGAAUAUAACGUUUUUAGUAUCAUGCACACACCAUUGCAGCUAGCUCUAACUGUGUUGUUGACAUCAUGAUAUUUCUGUCUCUGUAUUUACCCCUUUUUCAGAAAUGUGAGAUAGCUCUUCUGAUAUUGUCUUUUAGUCUGUAGCCUUUAGGAGGACUCUUGUAUGUAACAUAAAAGGAGAUAUUGCAAUAUUUAGGGCCGGGGGCUUUUUCUGUGUGCAAUAAAUGCAAUCAAUAUAUCUUUAUCUUAAUGUGUCAGCUCUUUUAGUUGCCCUGUUCUUUGUUCAUGUCAUUGUUUACUCUUUCAUUAUUUAUACGUAUGAUGA